CUGCCAUGUUAAAACCAAUAGAUGUAGGUUUAACCUUUAGACGUAGAAUAGUAGGACACUUCUCUCUCGGUGGCUACUUGCCGUCGGGACUCACGUUCUUCAACGUGCCUCGCUGAGAUCAGUGUAUUACGUCAAGCAUAGGCAAGCAAGAGGGUGUGGUGCGCAAGUCCCUGAUAUGUCGCAAUCUGUAGAGCAUCAGGCCAACGGCGAUGCUAGCCCAGCACCAGUGGACGGUGGGACGCUUGUGCCACCGUCUAUACCACCGGAAACGAUUCAAGCGACUUUGCAGAGCCUUAGCAGCGCCGACAGUCGUCAUUCAGACACAUCGCACGUUCAGCAGCUUAUAAAUCAUGGUGCUGAUGUGAACGCACCUGAUAACAACGGUUGGACGCCACUGCACACGGCGGCUUAUCACGGCCAAGAGGAAAUUGUCCGCAUUCUGCUCGCCGCCAAUGCGGACGUUAACGCGCGCAACAAGACGGAGGAGACACCCCUUCACCUUGCAGCCAAAUGGCCCCAGGACAGGGUGAUAGAAGCGCUGCUUGCUGGUGGUGCUGACCUAACGGCGCGAAAUAAGCGUGGCCGGACCCCUGCACACGUUGCGUGCAUCUUUAAUCGGCAUGCCAUCCUGGAACGAUUGCUGAGUGCUGGUGCUGACGUGAACGCCCUGGACAACGAAAACCAGACGCCGCUGCAUCUGGCCGUGCGCAACAACUGCCCGGUGGAGCCCGAGCUGGUCAAGACGCUCAUCCGCCACGAGGCGGAUGUGACGGCGAAGGACACGAAGGGACACACGCCACUGCACUUCCUGCCCAAUGCGCAGGACUGGCUGCACUGGGCUGCCUUUGAGACCAAGGAGGAGCUGAUGCGGGAGCUGCUGUCUAAGCCCGGUGUGCGCCCCGACUGCUACUCGGAGGAGGGCCUUACGCCGCUGCACCUGGCGGCACACGCCAACAGCACCAACAUGGUGACGAUGCUGCUAUCUGCGGGGGCCAAGGUCAACGCGCCCUCGCAGCCCCCGUUGAAGUCCAGCGGCCGGGAAAUGUACGGUAUCCACCUGCCGGGCGCGCCCUCAGGUUCCAUCACCGCCGGCAUCUCCAUCUCCACCCAGGUGAAGGCGUACGGCAGCUCCAAGCUGCCCCCUGGUGAGCUGACGGCGCUGCACAUUGCCGCGGAGCGCGGCUCUGCGGAGCUGAUCCGGGUGCUGGUGGCCGCGGGCGCCAAGGUGAACGUGCAGGGCGAGCGGGGCAUGCCGCCGCUGCAUGUGGCGGUGUGGGAGGGCAACACGGCGGCGGUGGUGUCGCUGCUGGCGGCCAAGGCCUCCGUUUCCCUCAAGAGCAAGGCGGGCGGCUUCACCUCAGUGCACUGCGCCUGCCUCUCCUCCCGCGCCACGCCCGAGCUGCUAGCCCUGCUGCUGGACAACGGCGGUGCCGCUGUGAUUGAGGAGCGCUGCCAGGAGGGCUGGACGGCGCUGCACCUGGCCUGCCAGGCGGCACCGCCAGCCAUGGUGGAGCUGCUGCUGCAGCGCGGCGCCAGGGCCACUGCCAAGGGAAAGAACGGCCGCACGGCAGCGGACUGCGCUGCCAAGCGGCCCGAGAUCCUGCAAAUCCUGCAUGUAGCGACGGGUGGGAAGGUGCCGUUGCCGCUGGGGCUGGGGUUGCCCUCCGCGGCGGCAGCUGCAGCCGCGAAUGGGCUGCUGGCGGCGGCAGCGGCGAACGGUCAUGGUAAUGGCAGCAGUGGCGGGGCUGGCGGGAGCGGCUCACGCAGUAGUGGCGGGGCUGCUGUGGCGGCGGGAGGCAGCGCCGGUAGCGGUAGCCGCAGCGCCCGUGGCGCUGCAGGCAGCAGUGGCGGCGGCAGCGGCAGCAGCCGGACCUCAUCUGCCGGGCUGCUGCCCGGCACCGCGGCGGUUCUAGAGCCGCUGGAAAGUGUGGAGGCGACGUUGGCGGCGCUGCUGGCGGACAUGGGGGGCGCGCUGUGCUCUCUGCAGGCGGGUGGUGUGUUUGGCGCGGGUGCAUGCGCGGUGGACCCGGUGGGUCACUGCAUCCGCCCGCUGGACAAGCGGCUGGUGAUGGUGUGCACGCUGGGCUGCCAGUUCUCCUUCCACCUGCAGUGUUGGAAGUCGGCGCGGGAGGUGCUGAAUGAGCGCUGGGCGGGGUUCACCGGCAAGCUGGCGGCGAGUGGGCGGUACUGCUGCAUCGCGCCGCGCUGUCCGGGAUACAUCCGGGAGCAAGCUAUCUGCGACGGAACCCAGAUGCAGGCCUCGAACCAGUCGCGGUUGUACUUCAUGCCGCAGGAUGUGUACGACAGCUUGCCGUCGCAGGCCAAGCCCAUAGGUGGAGGUGUGCCGCUGCCGCCAGGCGCUGGCGACGGCUGCCUUACCGGCAGCGCACAGCAGCCCGCGAUACCGGUGCAGCCGGCACUGCCUGCGGGCGGUAGUGGCCUGUCUUCACUGGCUGCAUUGAACCCCUCCUUGUCGCUAGCGCAGGCAAUGGUUCAGGCAGCCACUGCAGUGGGGAACAUGGUCAGCGGCUCCGGGCGCAUCACAAGCAACCACCUGGCGGCAGCGCUUGCGGCAACCGGCGGGCUGCCGGCGCUGCUAGCCAACCCGCCGCCCGUGCCAACAUGCAUGUCGGCGAGGGAGGCCGCUGCUAUUGCCGCACAGACGCUGGGCGUCAGUUACGGCAGCGGCUCCUCCUGCGUGGUGGAGGAGCUGGGCAGCAGCGAUGACUUUGACGAUGAGGACUUCGGGGGCCCCUCACCGUCGUCGUCAGCGGCUGCGGCUGCGGGGGGCAGCGGCAGCGCGUCGACUAGUGGUGGUCGUGGCGGCAGCAGUGGUAGCGGCGGUGGAGCAGCCGCUUCAGCUAGGAUUGGAGGCAACGCUGGUUCCAGCUCUGGCGGCGCUGCCACCGCCAAUGGCGGCUCGUCGCGUAAGCAUGGCGGCUCCAGUGGCGGCGGCGCCCUGUCUUCCCGCCGCAGUGGGAAGGGCGGCGGUGGCAAGUCCAUGGGCGGGAAGUCCUCGUCCUCGUCGCCCAUCAGCAGCGCCGCCGCAGCUGAGAUGCUGCAGCAGCUGCAGGGCCUGCAGCAGGCGGUGGCCGCGGUGCAGAGCGCGGUGGGCGGGGCCUCGCAUUCCGCAGCUGGGCUAGCCAGCGGCGGAGCAGCGCGCAGCAGCACUAGUGCAGGGGCGGGGGGUGUUGAUGAUGCCAGCGCUGCUGGCAGCGGCAGUGGCUCGGCGCCGGCGGCAGCUCGCCCUCCGUCUGACGCCACCGUUGUCCUGGAGCCUCCGAAGGACCUCUUGCCCCCGAGGGAGUCGGUAGGUUCCCUGGGAGAUGGUGUUGAGGGCAGCUUAGAAGCGCCCGGCGAUGGUGACUUGCAGGGCGCUGCGCCCAUGCCGCCGCCGCGUCGUCGGAACACCCCCAUACCUCCCAACCCGCGGCGGAUGCCGCCGCCGUUGAGCGGCGCGGUGCUGGAGAAUGGACGCCAGCCCGUUUCCCCUCAACUUGCGACGCCGCCGCCUGCCACGUCGCUGCUGACGCCGGGCGUCCAGCCACUGCUGACGCCCGUCGGAGGCAGCGCGGGCUCCCAGGGGGCACAUAUGCCGCGGCAGCCUGACGCCUCUUUGGCCCCUAUACUGGUCGGCCCGGUUCCGCAGCCUGCGACGGCGGCAGCACAGGCUGGUUCUAGUGCUAGUGCCGCUAGUGCUCCCGAGCAGGCCGCCGGCAGGGCGCAGUCACCGUCCAAUGCCGGCAUCGCCACAACCCCCCCACCAGAAGGGGCGGCGGCUCCUCCGCUGUGCAGCAGCCCCGCUGCCGUGGAGCCGUGCUGCAAAGGCGGCAAUACCAGUCGCAAGGCCGCCAACGGCACAGCUGCACCCCCGCCUGUACUGCCUCCCAGUCCGCCAAUCUCCCCUACUCGUUCAGGCAACGGCAGCUCGGCGUCCCACACCGCUGCCGCUGCGUCCCCGAGCUCCAGCCCCGAGGUUCCCCGGACCGCCCUGGCCUCGGGCGCAGCCCCCUGCUCCCCGCGCACUGGCGCCACCGCCGCUGCUCUGAGCCCCACCGGCGCUGCAACCAGCAUCCGUGGCAGUGUACCUCCCACAGCUGCAGGCAUCGGCGGCGACGCCAGCCUGCUGCAGUCCGAGCCGCAUCGCUCGCUUCCUUACCUCAUCAUCUCCGCCUUGGGUCCGCAUUCCCCCAAGAUGUCCCCCCAGCAGGCGGCUGCAGCCAUGCACGCGGGCUGCUACGAGCCGGGCGGCUAUGCGCGAGCUGUGUGUCCGGGUCUGCGGCCCGGAGUGCACCGGGUGACGCACAGCAGCUCUGGCAGCACGCCCAGGGCUGCGAACAGUCCCGGCGGAGACGGCACCAGUGAUUCCCCGGUGGAGGGGGAGUCGCUUACUGUGGAGGAGGUGGAGGGUGCAGUUAAUCGGGCCGCGGUAGAGAGUAAGGCAGCAGCCCUGGCGGCAGCGGAGAGCAUGGAGCAGAGAAGCAGCCGGGUUGAUGCGAGUCCUGCUGCUGCGGGUCCUGCGGGGUCCCGUCGGGCUGCUGCUGAGGAUGUAUCCACAGCCGCGAUGCAUGCGGGUGCCACCAUUGCAGCAGCGGAGGAGCCAAGCGGCGCGUCUGACAUUGUUAUGGAGGCUCUACGCGGUCUGCGCGCCUCAGCCGUGUCUGAAGCAGAGCAAGGAGAUGCGGCAGCGGCAGCCGCUGCAGCCCCCAGUCCCGGUCCCUCCCGGCACCUGCUGCUAGAGAGCGGUGACAUCCCGCUGCUGGCAGGCACCCCGGGCAUGCUGGAGGCCUGGCUGUCGGCGCAUGUAGGCAGCCAUGGCAGGCUGGCUGCCUACCGCAUCCUGCCGCCACAAGGGGCGGUGGCGGUGUCCCUGGACUCGGACGGCGCGGCGGCGGCGGCGCUGGGCGCCCUGCGAGGCCGGCCCACCCUGCUGGUGCAUCCGCUGAGGGUGGCGCCGCUGUGCAGCUUCCCGGAUGACGACAUGCUGGCGGCGUGCGCGCAGCAGGUGGCUCGCGCGGGCUGCCCGCCCGGCGACCGCUCUUGGAUGCGGCGCAUGGUGGAGCUCUGGGAGCGGCUGCAGUCGCUGCCGCCGGUUGUGCGGAACAACUAGGGCAGCGGCCACCCUGACAGCAGAGGAACGAGGACGGCACUGCGACGUAGCGGCGCGCUGGCUCAGACGCUCAUGGGUCGCUGGGUGGGGGUCCUUUGUCUUGAGUGCAACUUGGGACGCCGCUUUCUUGGGUUGUAGCUUCGCGAGCUCGGGUUUCACUUCCGAGUUUAUUUCCACCACUUCUGUUAGAAGUGGGGAUCACGAGUCGGAGAGUGCAACGGAUGUGUCGGUGGUGCAUGCGUUAGAUGGGUGCUGCCACCAAACGUGGUGCAAGUGCAGGUGUUCUAGCGAAGGGUGGAUCCCGGUGCGGGGAUCCUACAUUUUUUGCAGGACUCCUGUAGGUUCCUAAGGCCCAAGUGAUUGGUGGGUAUGCGGGUGCGUCGUGAUGAGGAGCAGUGCAGGGCAGUGAGGCAGGCUGUGUGAGUGGUCGGUGCGGGAGUAGAGGUAGUUUGACGAACGGUUAGGAGUGGCGCACGCUGCCAUCGCGGUUGGUGUGGUGGUGAGGUGGAGACGCGAGUGCUUAAGCCACGUACCUCAUUCUACUCCCAUCGUCCCUGGUGUAGGAUGAAGUCAACCCGGUUCUGCAGUGACUGUUGCGACGCGCCACGCCGUGAAUGCACAGGAACGGCAAUGGAAGCAGUGAACGCCUGAAGCAGCAAGGGUAGGCUACCCAUGCAAUGCGGAUUGCGCGCAGUUGUUGCCAUCGGCUUGUGCGGAAGCACUAGGCGCUACAGUUGUACCUGGUAUGUCAUUGUUUCUCGGUAUAAGUUGUAAUUACGCGCAGCACGGA